CUUCUCACCUUUUCUAUCGAUGCCAUUGAACAUCCCAGGCAUUCUUGCUCCAUUUCACCUACUCAAAAAUCCCCGACUUGUUAUUCCCCAUGUAACAGUCAAAGGUCACCCUAGCUUCCUGCAUUCAUGGCUACAACUAACGCUAAACCACAGACAGAUAUUCGUCAAAUUGAUUUUUUGGCACUCCGAAAUGCAGGCUAUAGAGGAGCAGUCUUUGAUAAAGACAAUUGCUUGACGAUCCCGCAUCAAGACACCCUUGUGCCACAGCUCGAGGACGCCUGGAGAGAAUGUCGUGAGGCAUUCGGGGAAGAAAAUAUAAUCAUCGUCAGUAAUUCCGCUGGCACCAAAUUCGAUGCCGGAGGAAUCCAGGCAGAAUCGGUAUCAUUUCACCUCUCUGUCCCGGUUCUCCGACACGACACUCUUAAGCCUGGUUAUUCCUGCAUUGCUUCGAUACGCACCUACUUUUCGUCUCUUCGCGUUCCAAUCCCCGACGACGAACUAGUUGUAGUCGGGGACCGUAUAUUUACGGAUGUGAUCAUGGCAAACAGAAUGCGCUCUGGCUUCGCCUCAUCUGCGAGCGAUGCAUCCGCUCGUGCGAGGAUUGGCGGCCCCCUUGCUAUCUGGACGAAUGGUGUCUGGCAAAAAGAAAGCAUGGUGAUGCGAUGGGCCGAAAAGCGCUUGGUGGACCUGGCUCGAAAGUGGGCGAGACACGGAGAAACGUCUUCCGUGGGUACUAACAUAUUCGUGAGGGAACUCCCUCCUCCGGAACCUCGCAAGACUGGAAGCGCAUUUACUAAAAUGUUGAACAUGAUGAAGUGGAGAUAGCAUGGUCGGCGACUUUUCUGCGUAUAACGCAAUCCAUGAAUCGAACCUACUUCCUCUACAGCUCAAGCCUGUUGACUGGCGGUUGGUUACAGUUGCCACUGUACUUAAUGUUUUAGGAUUAGUUCACGAGUCAUACCUGUGUCAUUUGUAGCUCAUUAGUGGUUCUCAAAGUUAACUUCGUAGAAUUUUGAAAGGUCAAAGAUUUGCGAGUUGCCG